ACGGCAGAGGGUCCGCACAUUUACUUCCAAACUUUUCCCUUUUGUAUUUUCUCGAGAAAAAUUUUAGCUCAAUGGCUUUAAUUUGAAAUUCUCGUUUUAUUGUCCUUUUUCGCGCACCUGGUAUUAAUUGUGUUUGCCCACUCGCCAAACCAAAUUUCUGUUGCUCCUCUCUCUGAGUUAGGGUUUAUCCGACAAUGCUAUUUUGAUCGAAAAUCAUUUCAUUUUCGAGACUGGCUGUACAAGCAUGGCAUCUGGGAAUCCAUUUUAUGAUGAUCUACGUAACAAACCCGAGGUUAUUGAUCCUCCUCAAAGUGAGGAUAUGAUGGAUAUCAGGGAGCCUUCGGUGGUUGAUCCUACUCAAACUGCUCUUAAGCCCAAUGUGACUGUGUCUAGUAGUGUCCGUGAACUCUUAGAAUGUCCUGUAUGCUUAAAUGCCAUGUACCCUCCUAUUCAUCAGUGUUCAAAUGGGCACACGCUGUGUUCUGGUUGUAAGCCCAGGGUGCACAAUCGAUGCCCUACUUGCAGGCAUGAACUUGGCAACAUCAGAUGCCUUGCACUAGAGAAGGUGGCUGCAUCUCUUGAGCUUCCUUGUAAAUAUCAGAGUUUUGGGUGCAUAGGCAUAUAUCCAUAUUACAGCAAGCUGAAACACGAAUCCCAGUGUGUCUUUAGACCUUUUAACUGUCCUUAUGCAGGAUCAGAAUGUACAGUCAUGGGUGAUAUUCCUUAUUUGGUUUCUCAUUUGAAAGAUGAUCACAAAGUUGACAUGCACAAUGGCAGUACUUUCAACCAUCGUUAUGUGAAAGCAAAUCCUCACGAGGUUGAGAAUGCCACUUGGAUGUUAACGGUUUUCAGUUGCUUUGGUCAGUUCUUCUGUCUGCAUUUUGAAGCCUUCCAGCUUGGUAUUUCUCCUGUCUAUAUAGCAUUCUUGCGUUUCAUGGGUGAUGAUAAUGAGACCAAAAACUACAGCUACAGUCUGGAAGUUGGCGGUAAUGGGAGGAAGAUGACAUGGCAAGGAGUGCCUAGGAGCAUAAGGGACAGCCACAGAAAGGUGCGUGACAGUUUUGAUGGUCUCAUUAUCCAUAGAAACAUGGCCCUAUUCUUCUCUGGUGGUGACCGGAAAGAAUUGAAGCUUAGAGUGACUGGUAGAAUUUGGAAAGAACAGUAAGUGAUGGGAAUUGCUUCUUGCAACUUCCAAUCACAUAUUUGCCUGUUAUAGAUGGUAGAUUUUAUUGCUUGCUUAGGAGAAUAGUUGAAUUGAGUAUUCUGGUCAUGAAUUGUGGGAAGCAAACUCUCUUUGCUUGUUGAAUACAUGACUUGUAUGCCUACAAUUCUUCUAUUAUUCAUCCCAUCUCUCAUAUUAAACUGGAAAUAUAACAAGUGAGAUGUUUAUAAACAGUUAUCUAUUUCGCUAGCGUAUAUAAUAACAAAGCUUCUCACUUUUUCAA